ACUUCCGCCUCCUCCCUCCGCCCUGGCAGCGCCGGGCUCCGUGAGGGGCCGUGAGGGGCUCAGCGGCGGCCGGGCCCGGGCUGAGCCUCCCUGCGGCCGUCACGGCGCUCGGGGCAGCGUCCGCUCCCUGCCCGGCGGCUCCCGCUCCCAGCGACUCCGACCACCGAUAAACCCCAAGAAGCCCUAUAAAAGCCCCAAAAUGCAGUCGGGACGGGCUGUGCUGUGCAGCCUGGGCUGGCUCUCCCUCUCCCUGCUGUCGCUGCUGUUCCCGGCCGGGUGUGCCAGGCCUGCCAACCUGUCGGCGCUGCGGGGCCGGGAGGAGCUGCUGCCCCCCGAGCACCUGAACGGCGUCCGGCUGGAGCGGGAUGGGCACCUGAACCGGGAGCUGCCUCAGGAGCUCUUCCUGGGCCGCGAGCGAGAGCGCUUCGAGGAGGACUCCCAGCCCCGCCGCAACAGGAGGAAGCUGGUGGGCAUCUUCUCCAAAGUGGAUAGAAAUAAUGAUCAAAAAAUCAGCGCCAAGGAGAUGCAGCGUUGGAUCAUGGAGAAAACAGAGGAGCAUUUCCAGGAGGCCGUGCAGGAGAACAAAAUGCACUUCAGGGCCGUGGAUCCUGAUGGGGAUGGUCACGUUUCAUGGGAUGAAUAUAAAAUUAAAUUCUUGGCCAGUAAAGGCUUCAAUGAGAAGGAAAUUGCAGAGAAAAUCAAAAACAAUGAGGAAUUAAAAAUAGAUGAAGAAACGCAGGAGGUGCUGGACAACCUGAAGGAUCGCUGGUACCAGGCGGACAAUCCCCCCCCGGACCUGCUGCUGAGCGAGCAGGAGUUCCUGUCCUUCCUGCACCCCGAGCACAGCCGCGGCAUGCUGCACUUCAUGGUGCAGGAGAUCGUCCGGGACCUGGACCAGGACGGGGAUAAGAGGCUGACCCUGCCCGAGUUCAUCUCGCUGCCCGUGGGCACGGUGGAGAACCAGCAGGCACAGGACGUCGACGACGACUGGGUGAGGGAUAGGAGGAAGGAGUUCCAGGAGGUUAUCGACGCCAACCGCGACGGCAUCGUCACCAUGGAGGAGCUGGAGGAGUACAUGGACCCGAUGAACGAGCACAACGCGCUGAAUGAGGCGCGGCAGAUGAUCGCUGUGGCCGACGAGAACCAGGACCACCAGCUGGAGCUGGAGGAGAUCCUCAAGUACAGCGAGUACUUCACUGGCAGCAAGCUCAUGGACUACGCCCGCAACGUCCACGAGGAAUUCUGACCUUCCUCCCCUUCCAGAACUUUCUAUCCGCUCCCCACCCGCUGACGAAACACAAAAAUCCCGGGGAAACGGCUUCAGCCGAGCGGCGGGAAUCGCUCCUGGCGGGCUCGCGCUUCUCUGUCCGUCUCUGCGCUCCGCGGCUCCUCGCAGGGAUUUCCCUGCUGGAAAAACGGUGGGAAUUCCUGGAUUCAGGUAAUUUCCCUGCUCGGUUUGGGGUUGAAGGCAGCUGGAAUUCUGGGUGGGGAGGAUUCUGGAAUAUUCCCUGGUUUCCUUCGGCUUCUCAUCCAGGGGAUCCCAAAUAAAACUUGGAUUUGGGUGGAGGAAUGUUUGUCCUCCACACCCAAUUCCAUUUGAGAAAUUCCUUAAAUUUAGAGAAAUUCCUUAAGUUAUAUUCCCUUGUUGCCCUCACAGAUGCUGAUGCAGGGAAUCCCAAAUAAAACUUGGAUUUUGGGAAUUUUGGUGGUUCCAAGGAAUGUUUACCCUCCUGGGAAUAUCCACACUCAAUUCCAGUCUUUUUCUCAACUUCCUGAAGAGUUGUUGGGAAUUAAAUGGAAUUUUUUCAGGGAGCUGUGGGGAAGAAUUUAUUUGAAACGUUACAGAAAAACUUUCUGGAAUUAAAUAAAUAAAAUAACAUUAUUUAAAAUUAAAUUAAUAUAAAAUUACUUUUUUUGUUGUUGACAUCCGCACUGGCAAUGGGAGAUUCUGGAUUUAUAAAAUCAGAUUUUGGCCAAAAAUCAAACAAUUGGGGAGUUUUUUUGGGAAUUUAAGCUGUUGGAUAAAGCAGUAGGAAUUCCCAUGGAGUUUUAUGGCUGCUUAAUUAAAAUUCACUGCUAAAAUUAAUGAGCUCUGUGCUAUUUAAUGCUGUUAAUGAGCUGCUGAUGAUGAUAUGGGGGAAAUUCCAGGCUUUAGGUGAGCUCUAAAAAAGCAACUCUGUCCCAAAUAAAAUUGAUUUUUUCCUCUGCUUCCAACUUUCCUGGGAAAAAACCCUCUUUGGGAAAGAAUUCCUGAAAUGAAUGAGAUGUUUUAUUUGAUUAAAUUUAUUCUUAAUAUAAUGUAAAUACAGGAAUUGCUAUCCCUCUUUCCCUUUUCCUGCUUUAUUUGAUGUUUUUAUUAAAUUCCUUGGAUAAAAGGUUUUAUAUA